AUGGAGGGCCUCUCAAAUGCCACCAGCUUUACAUCACCUCUCGCAAAUGCCGAUCUGAAGUCGCAUCAGGCCGCGCUGACCUCGGGAGCGGGUGUAUUGGGCAGAGUGUGGGCGCAGCUCAAUAUCUGGACUGUGCUCUUGACGCUUCUCUUGGUGCUGGCUACCUACGAUCAGUGUAGCUACCAAUGGCGCAAACAUGGCAUUGUCGGCCCGGCGUGGAAAAUGCCCUUUAUUGGGCCAUUUCUCGAGUCGAUGCGCCCGGAUUUCAACAAGUACAAGGAGAAAUGGGAGAGUGCUGAGCUGAGCUGCGUCUCAGUCUUUCACAAAUUCGUCGUGAUUGCCGGAACCCCUGCCAUGACCCGGAAAGUCUUCAACUCGCCCAUGUUCCUCAAACCGACCGUCGUCGAUGUCGCUCCCAAACUGCUUCGUCCUAACAACUGGGUCUUCCUGGAUGGGAAGGCUCACGUGGAGUAUCGCAAAGGACUCAACGGAUUGUUCACCCGCCAGGCAUUGGAAAUGUAUCUGCCCGGUCAAGAGGAGGUCUACAGCAAGUACUUCAAGAGCUUUCUCGACAUGACCCGGGAGAACAACAUGAAGGCCCAGCCCUGGAUGCCUGUCUUUCGAGAACUCAUGUGCGCCGUAUCUUGCCGGACAUUCGUGGGACACUACAUGAGCGAGAAGGUGGUAAAGAAGAUCGCCCACGAUUACUAUCUGAUCACGGCGGCUCUGGAACUCGUCAACUUCCCAAUUAUUAUCCCUUACACCAAGACAUGGUAUGGAAAGAAAGCAGCCGACAUGGUGCUCGAAGAAUUCGCCAAAUGCGCGGCGAAGUCCAAGGUCCGCAUGGCCGCUGGCGGCAGUAUCACCUGCAUCAUGGAUGCCUGGGUCAAGCAAAUCCAAGAUUCGGCCACGUAUAGAGAACGCAUCGCGAGGGGCGAGAAGGUUGAUGACUCGGAGAAACCGGCUCAAUUACUGCGCGACUUUACUGAUUUCGAGAUCUCCAUGACUCUCUUCACGUUCCUAUUCGCUUCACAGGACGCCACGUCCAGCGCGUGCACUUGGCUCUUCCAAAUUAUGGCCGACCGACCGGAGAUCUUGGACAAAGUGCGGGAAGAGAACCUUAGACUUCGAGGUGGUGACCGGAACAAGCCAUUCGACAUGGACAUGCUGGAGUCAAUGGUCUGGACAAGGGCCGUAGUCAAGGAAACAUUGCGAUACCGCCCUCCAGUCAUUCUUGUGCCAUACGUGGCGAAGAAGGAUUUCCCGGUCACCGAAAACUACACAUUGAAGAAGGGUUCGAUGAUCAUCCCCAGUAUCUGGCCCGCAACCCACGAUCCCGAAGCGUAUCCCAACCCUGACAGCUUUGAACCCGAGCGAUGGAUCACUGGCGAUGCAGACAAGCAGGUCAAGAACUGGCUGGUGUUUGGAACCGGCCCUCACUACUGUCUGGGUCAAACAUAUGCUCAGUUGAAUUUGAUGGCCAUGAUUGGCAAGGCGAGCAUUCUGAUGGAUUGGGUGCAUGAACCCACGCCUAUCAGCGAGGAAAUUGAGGUUUUUGCGACCAUUUUCCCUCAGGACCAUUGCAAGCUCACCUUUACGGAACGCCCGUGA